AUGGGUCAAUCGCUGAUCGCUCAGCUCCUCAAUAUCUGUAGGAAGCAUGGCAACGUGAGUAUUUUGACCCGGUGUGAGCUACAAGAGCUCUUGUCCUCCGGGGCGGAGGGCCGAGUCAUCGGAGCAAAAGUCCGAUGUGAACGUAGCCAUGAAUCAGUCGAUAUCCAUGCAUCACUAGGCGUGAUACUUGCCACAGGAGGGUUCUCUCAGAACCAGGUGAUGAGAGAUACCUACCUCCGUAUAGUGCCCGCCGAGGCCGCAGGAGCAAAGAUGGUUACCAUGGCAGAUUGGAGUCUUGCUGCGCGCGGCGAUGUUGGUGUUGCGCUCCAAGUCGGCGAAAGGCUUGGCGCUGACAGUGCGCAGCUCGACCAAGUCUGGGGUAUUCCUACAAGAAUCGACUUCGCGGAAGGAAGAAUAAUGGAAGGAAAGGUAACAGAAGCCAUGUUCGCCAUAUCCAAGCCAUUUUCCUUUGUAGUAGACGGCGAUGGGCGCCGUUUCUUCUCCGAAUCCCAACCAUACGGUCCUGCUGUUAGGGCCAUGUAUGAAAGGGCGAAGGAAAACACCAAAGCGACCGUGUUUUGGCUUAUUUUCGAUAGCACGUACAUGCAGGAAUACCCUCCAAGGGGACUGGAGAAUUCAUGCUCAAUCGACGUCGCUGUCAACCUUGGCCGCCUGUUCCGUUCAGACACGAUUGAUGAUUUGGCAAAACAAAUUCUAGAACCGGACCACCAUCUGCAGUCGACCGUGGUUGAAUGGAACGAGAUGUGCGAAAAUGGCCACGACAAGUACUUCCACAGGGGUGAGGAUAGGUACCAGCAGUUUAUCGGCGAUCCAGAUGUGACCCCGAACCCUUGUAUGGGUCCCGUCAAAGAGAGCCCAUUCUACGCCAUGAAGAUCUUCCCCGGUGAUGCUGGCACAAGAGGCGGUCUUCUGACCGACGAGUUUGCCAGAGUGCUCGGCAAGAGCGGCAUAGCGAUUCCUGGCUUAUAUGCUGGUGGGAACGCAUCCGUUGCGCUCCUGGAAUCGCAAGGCGCGGGUACGACACUCGCUCCAGCGAUGACUGAGGGUUUUAUCGCUGUGAGUAAUAUGUUAUCGGUAGCUAUUGGGGCUGGAGCUAGGUAA